AUGCCACGCCAGAAACGUCGGUACGUUCCGAAGGUAAAAGAACCCAAUGCACUAACGGGACUGGCCCCUGAUUCACCAGAAACAUCUACUGGUAGCCCUGAAGCAAUAUCCGCCCUCCCCCUAAGCAUCGAUCUAGUGGAUCCAAGCAAUGAAUUCCUGUUGACUUACUUCUCCCACAAUAUUGCACCUCAAAUGGUGGUUAUGGAUGACAAGUACAAUGGAUGGCGGUACUUGAUUCUGCCUUUUGCGUUAUCCGACAAAAUGGUCAUGGAUGCGGUGUUGGCUGUAUCGACCUUCCAUCUCUCUCACAAAACCGGAGGGACACUCCCAAUUAGACCGGAUAAGCUCUAUGCAAAGGCAAUCUUAGGGCUACAAGACAGAAGCUCUUUGGAUGAGUACGACAUGCUCACAAGACAGUCUAUAUUCAUUGCGAUCAUUACACUCUUGGUAGGGGUCAUGGUCAACGGAUGCUCAGAUUUCCCUAUUCUGUUUAACAUGUUGCAAUCUGCUCUCGAUGCGGUCGGUGGAGAGGGCGGGCUUGGGAACGGUGACUUGGCUGAUUUUCUGCUGCGGCAAAUACGCAAGUUUCGUGUCUAUGCUGCACCACUACUGAGUGAGGAAGCUGGUGUGCGUAGUAUUGUGGCUCAUGCCCAAGAGAGCUUUGACUGCCUACACUUCAAUUGCAACCUCCACCCCGACCAUGCACUCACAUUUUAUCUAAAUGCAUAUCUUCGGCAGCAAGCUUAUGACAUAUACCUAGAGCGCACACUAAUGGGGCCUCACGGCACAUUCGACCCUGACAAGAUAGAGCGAUUCAAGGAAACAUUAGAGUUGUUCCCAGAGGGAUCAUUAGGGGAACAUUCCCUGGUAUGGCCCACGUUCAUUGCCGCAUCAGAGAGCUUGAAGGAUGAGCAUCGGCUAUAUUUCAAGCAGUUCUUGGAAAAGCAAUUUCACCGUAAUGGGUUCCUUAAUCUACAGCAAGCUCUCAAACUUCUUGAAAAGAUAUGGGCGCGAAGCAGUUAUACAAAUUGGCCCACACUUCUCCCAGAACCACGAGUGUUUAUUAUGUAG